AGGAUAGACCUGGAGGACCAAGGAGCCAUGGCGGGCGAGGACGAUCUUGGUGUUUACGUGACGAUGGAGCUUGUGACGAAGGGUGGUGAGGAGGAUGUGGUGGUGGAGGGGGAGGAAGGGGGGGAUAAGGGGGAAGGGGUGCCAUCAUCAUCACCUCCACCCCCACCCCUGCCUCCACCGCCCCCACCACUUCCACCUUCAGUGCCAAAAGUGAUCAUUACUCGUGCCGCUUCCCUUCCAUCGCCUCCACCACCACCACCACCACCACCACCACCACCUCCACCACCACCUCCACCACAGACACAGAAAACCAUGCCUAGUUCAGCUCCACCCCCACCCCCUCCACCACCCCCACCCCCACCUCCACCACCACCACCACCACCAAUGAAAUUUACCACAUACACCGAAGACCAGUCACCACCACUUCCACCACCACCUCCACCACCACCGAUAACACAGAAAUACAACACCAUCUCCCACCCUUUCUACACGAACUUCGCCACUGCCUCUUCCCUCGUGCUAUCUGCUAUCACCACCUACACCCCCGCCACCACCACCCUCACCACCACCGCCGCCAAGCCCCCACGCCCCAAGCAAGGUAUUAGGUGGAAGGAUGACACCACCGCCUCCACCCACAAUUACACCACCGUCAACACCACGUAUCGUCCUCAAAGAAAACGGCAAAAACGUGAGAGCGAGGUGAGCGGUAGCAGCGCCCUCGUGUCUCCAGUCCAGAGCCGCAGACGCCCGACGCACGGACUUCCGCGCCAACACCCGCACAGCCGCGUCAGGAAGGUGAGCGCGCCGCCGGAGUUGCAGCCGCACUUUGGAUCUCCAACCCAGCACUCCCACCCCCACGCCCACGCCCACAACGUCCAGGGCAACGGCGGCGCGAAUCCCGACCACGCGGAGAGGUCCUCCACCUCGGAAUACAUCUAUUCUCUGUCCUCACAGCCUCAGCUGUCUCGGGCAGCCUACAGCGGAUCUGACUCCGGGGUGCCGUCAGACUACUCGUCCUGCGGCGGCCAGCCUCGCCACAACCCGCAGAGCACCUUCUCCCCCUCCCCCUCUGUGAACGACCUCGCGAACCAGCACCAGAACCUCGAGAACCAGGACGUGAGCUUUUACCAGUCCGACUCUGAUUGUGAGAGCAUGGAGGACGUCCACUCGCCCCAGGGUCACCGCCGUUCUGGUGCUGGCGUUGGGAUGAACAUGAACAGCCAGACCUACAGUCACGUCCACACGGAACCCUCGCCGCUGGUGCUGCCGGUGAGCUCUCCUCCCCCCCUCAACCGCACACCCACGGAGCCCAUCAUGCACGCGCCGCCGUCCCACGCAGGCGCAGGGCACCACAACCAGGCCCGCCGCCAUAGCAUGGUGGUGCAGCUCAACCUGCAGGGGGCGGCGGCUCCGCUCCACCACCCGGCGCCUAACCCCACGCGCUCGGUCUCCAUGGUGUCGCUCACCGGCAACCCCGUAGUGUCCAGCAUGUACCCAAAUCUACACAACGACACGCAGUCCAUCUAUAGUGACGUAGGCUUCAGUCCGCCCGGAAACUACCACGGCAUCCAGCACAUGGACUCCCAGGCGUCCCUGACCGGCAUCACGCACAAGGUGGACAGCCAACAGACCCUCGUCAACGCACACCCCGACGCCGGCUGUAUGUCCAUGCCGGAGCCCCAUUACUACGGGCCACAGCCGAUCGAGGACGAGGAGAAAAGAAAAUGGUUCUCUCACACCUUGAGCGAGAACAUGAGCAUCAUUUACGCGGUGUUCCUGGUCACCCUCGGCAUCGUGAUCUACCUGGCCGACACCUUCAAUAGCCACAACUCCGCCAUGGCCGAGGGGUUCAACGUCUUCCUGAUCGUGGUGCAGCUUCUGUGGUUGUUCUCCGUCCACGUGGAUGUCCGCCGCUAUGUCAGCCUCAUCUCCCGGGCGCUAGAGGAGGCCAAGAACAAGCAGCUGAACAAGGACGAGCAGGUGCAGCUGGAGCCCACAGGAGACGGCCAAUACCAGCUGCGCAUCAACGUGCCUGAAGCCCCGAGAACCAUCCCGCAACACUACGGCUUCACCUCCGGCAGGCACGGCGGCUCCCUAUACCUCAAGAUCGGGGCUACAGUGUUCUGUCUUGGCUACCUGAUCCACACCGGCCUCAACCUGGGCCAGAAGAUCCUGUACCUGACAGAAGAUGACCCGGUCUUCGAGAACUGCACCUGCACAACCGAUGUGAUUAUGUACGUCCUGCAGCCCGUGUACGCCUUCUACCAACUCUUCUUCAUCUUCAAGUACUCCAACCUCAUCAUCAACCGCAGGAAGGUGCUGGCGAGGUUUGGCAUCAUGCACUGCAUCGCCUCCUCUCUGUGCUUCUGGGUCUGGACCAUCUUGCAGGAGACCCUUCAGGCCAUCUUCAUGAAGAGCAAGGGCGGCGACUAUGGCACCACCGAGGCCUACUCCACUGCGCCGCUGCUGAGUGACCACGACGCCGAUGACUCCUUCGAACAGGACGAGGACACCCCCUUCUACACCAAGCCUCUGCAGGCGGAUGCCUCGUCCUGGUCAAUCAACUACGGUUGCGAAAACGACACACACCUCUCCAGCAUGAUCAACGCCACCACGCCCUACCUCUACCCCUUCAGCAUUGAGUUCAACAUCCUGAUGGUAGGGCUCUGGAUCCUCCUCUGGGAGAACAUCGGGAGGUUCGAGAGGCACACACACAUCCCGUCAGUGGAAGUCACCUACGAAGAAGACAACAUCAAAUCCCUCACGUCGAACUUGAUCAUUUACGUGGACUGCCAUGCCUCCAACCGCGGCCUCUUCGCUGGCCUGCUGAUGACAGUCGCCACGGUUAUCUCCAUCAUCCUCUUCUUCAUCUUCUCGGCGUCAGAGGACACGCGGGCUCUCGGAAGCUACGUCAAUGGCGCCAGCGAGGUCGUCCUUCUCACGUGCAUGCUGGUCGCCGGGUUCUUUGCCUUCAACUCCAUCCGGGUGCUGGAUAUGAUCAAGCAUGGCAUCAGCGCAGUGGACGACAUCCUCCUCUACGUUUGCCUCCCUUGCAUCUUCUUCUACGCCUUCUUCAUCAUGGUGCCCUCGAUCACAAACGGGAACUACCUCUCCGUCUGCGUCUCCAUUUUGCAAGUGUCCCAAGUUAUCCUGCAGACUGCGCUGAUGUCCGACGGGCUGCGACGAUGCUCGAACUCGGCCACGCUCCAGCACAAGAAGCCAGGGCGAGAGGUGAUCACUUACCUCGUGGUGGCUAACGUCGCCAUGUGGCUGCUGCAGACCUUCGAAAUCAAGAGCUCAGAAGGAAACUCUGUAUUCUACGCGUUUUACGGCAAGGAGCUGUGGACGCUACUGUCACAUCUGACGCUGCCGCUCGCGCUAUUCUACCGCUUCCACUCGUCCGUGUGUUUGGCGGACAUGUGGAAGGCGUCGUACGAGGCGGAAGAAGCCCACUAGGCAGGAGCGGCCUCUAGCGUGGUGUCUUCUAGAGGCUGGCCUCCAUUGAGGCCCUCCGCCACCCCUCCACACCGCCAAGGCAGCAGCAGCAGCAUUCUGUACAUACAUCACCGCCACCCUCCGCCGUCGGCCAGGCAUCUCGUAGACACACACUUGAGUUGCUUUCCCGAUGAUUUCGUUUGUCAACCCGAUUAUUAGCAACACAAUUUACCAAUAGUAUUGAUAAGUUUAAAAAUAAUAGUAAAAAGGGUUUGAUUUUGAACGCUAGUGCACACCCACACCCACCCCCACACACCCACACACACACACACAUGCAGUGCCAAGGGCCCGUGGUGGGAGAGGCUGGCAAGCGUGACAACUUGGCCGCGCCUUGGUGUGUACAUAGGCCGCCCAGGCCCAAGCCGCCCUCAUUGCUCAUCCUGUAUUUAUGAUGCCAUACAACUGUAGAUACUGACCCUCGCCCCUUGUGAUAUACUGGUCAGGCCGGCGCGCUGCCCUCGCAGACCUCUACGUGGGGCCGGCGUGACGCGCCCGGCUCCUCCUCUUGUGAUAUGUACAUUGUGGAGGCAAGCACACACAGCAGCACCAGCAGCACCAACAGCCUCAGCAGCCCUGGAGUAUAGGAAGAAGGAAGCUGCACGGCCGCCAAGGUCCGGCAUUACCUCUCGCUGUGUUGAUGUACAUGUUGUACUUAAUUUUGUUUUUACAUUGUAAGUUAUAAGACGAGUACAAGCUAAUCCUUUGUACUUAUGCCAAAUAAAAUAUUGAUUUAU